AAAUCGAUAUUGAACUCACGUCGUAAAAGAAGUGUGUUAGUUUCAUGCGAUCUUUGAUUUGUUGUCGUAAACACACGUGCGUCUGUAUGUAACGUUGUAUUGUGUUUUGAAUUUGUGCGGAAAGGAGCGUGGUUUGGUUUGAUGUCAGCUACUGGGGAAGGCAAUAAGGGGAUAAAACGGAAGAAAGAAAAAAUCAAGAAACUAAAAACAGAACCGAAAACAAGAGAUGAAGUAUUAGUGCAGAAAAAGGCACUUACAUAUUUGAAGCAGUGGCAUCGAGAUCGUGGAAACUGGAAAUUUGAGAAAUUGAAGCAGAUAUGGCUUAUCCAAAACAUGUUAGAUGCAAGCAAGAUUCCAGACAAGAAAUUCAAAAUAUUCCUUCAGUAUAUUGUCCCUAUAAAAGGGAGUGCAAGAAGAUUAGUUGAAGAAAAAGCAUCAGAAAUAAUUUCCGCAAUGGAAAAAAGAAUAGAACUUGAAGAGCAAGGAUUGACUGAAAAUGAAAUAGUAGCACAAAACCCACAAUUGGCUGGUGUGACCCAUACUUCCUAUGAACGUAGCAGACAGAUUCUUCAGUCAUUGCAAGAAGAAUGAUAAUAGUCGAAAUGUGUAAAUACCAUGUAUGUACACUUAAUCUUGGAUGAAAAAUGUCCUUUUUCUUCUGUAUUCUUUUUUUUUUAAUUUGUAACGUGAACAAUGUAUCCUAGUUAAUUUAUUUUACAUUAAUGUGUAACUGUGACACUUCUGAUAUGUAAAUUGUAUCAUAAACUAUAAUAAAUUAUUUUUACAUGAAGAAUAA